UGGCUAUUAUUUUCCUGGCAAUACAGUGUAAUAUUAUCAACAGUGUAAAAUCGAGGCCCCACGAUGAAGUUCUAUAAAGUGGUCUUAAAGGUUCUUCACAUAAUAGCAGCAGCCUUCGUCAGUACACUCUGAGCAGUCUGAAAAUUUAGAUGAUUUGGUUGUCGUUCUGAUUACCAAUAUAAUCUUGGGCUUCUAAAAUUUACGCGUCUCAAACAAUCGGCAAUGCGUUUCUUGUGCUUUCACGGCAGAGGCUCCAACAGUCAGAUCGUGGAGACUCAAGUUGCGGCCUUGCGUCAUGAGUUGGACAGCCUCCACGAAUACGAUUAUGUGGAAGGAGUUAUUCCUGUGCCGCUAGACCCUGAACUUCGAGCCUUUUUCCCUAUGAAUGGGGAAUAUUUUGACUACUUCUCUCCUAAUUCCGUGGAGAGUGUUAAACAGGCGCUGGAUGACCUGUCGGAGUUUAUUGAAAUUAAUGGCCCAUACGACGGUCUCAUUGCAUUUUCGCAGGGUGGCUGUCUCGCAUCCACUUUUCUGAUCCAACAGGCCAUAUUAUACCCAAAGACUCCUUUACCAUUCAAAUGUGCCAUAUUCCUCAGCUCCAUCAACCCUACAGACCCACGAGCUUUGGACAGUGGAGAUGCACGUUUCUUAGACCCUCGGGUAGAUGGAGAUCAGAUGCUGGCUGGAUUGCCAACAGCACAUAUUUGGGGCCGUAACGAUACGCUUUGGGCGAAUUGUAGCGAAAUGCUGUAUGGAUUGUGUGAUCCGAGGUUACGGCUUCUCCUGCUCCAUGAUGAGGGGCAUGCAGUGCCAGGGGUAAGAGCUCAGGAAGAAUUGAUGGCUAGUGUACGGGUUAUUAGGAGAACGAUUGAAAGAGCCGAGAUGUCUGGACACUGAUGGAUGUCUGCAAUGGAAUUAGAACCGUUAGUAUCGGGUUAGCACUGUAAUAGAGUCUUUUAGCAACGGCCCCCAAAAAGCGACCUUGAACGAGAACUUCCCGUAUUAGUUAGAGCGCCCUACAAAAUAAAACCAG